GUCGCCAUGUUGUUUAGCAAAUUGUGCAUCUCUGUUUUGUUUGUGUAUUAAAAAAAUCUAAAAAUUGCAAAGAAAAGAAGUAAAUAAUGUUCUACGAACACAUAAUAUUGGCCAAAAAAGGCCCGCUAGCCAGAAUUUGGCUAGCAGCACACUGGGACAAGAAAAUAACAAAAGCCCACGUCUUCGAGACGAAUAUAGAAAAGUCAGUGGAGGGAAUUUUACAGCCAAAAGUAAAAUUGGCGCUACGCACUUCGGGUCAUUUACUGCUUGGCGUCGUCCGAAUCUAUUCGAGAAAAGCUAAAUAUUUGCUCGCCGAUUGCAAUGAGGCAUUUGUCAAAAUCAAAAUGGCAUUUAGGCCGGGCAUGGUCGAUUUGCCCGAGGGCCACCGGGAGGCGAAUGUGAAUGCGAUCACAUUGCCCGAGGUGUUCCAUGAUUUUGAUACAGCGCUGCCCGAAUUAAAUGACAUUGAUAUCGAGGCCCAAUUCUCUGUGAAUCAAUCGCGUGCCGAUGAGAUCACAAUGCGUGAGGAUUAUGGCAGUUUAUCGCUGUCGCUGCAGGACGAUGGCUUUGGUGACAUUGGUUUCGAGGCGGAUACGCCAGAGAUGAUGCGUGGUCCCUUGUCGGGCAAUAUGAACGAUCAGCUGUUCGAUGAUGAUGUGUUGGCCAAUGUUGUGGAACCCAAUGAUCCCAAUAUCAGGCUAACACAAUCCGAAAUGCCCAGCGAUCGGCUGGAUGGCGACGGUUUUGGUGACUCCUUUGGCCAGCCAACACUAUUCGAGGACGAUCUGUUUGGCGAACCGCCACAAACGGUGGGCAUCAAUGAACAAUCGGCUAUCAAUGAGGCUAACAAUCCACCUGAUUAUUCGGAUGACGAUGGCAUGGGCAAGUUCGAUGAUGCUCCAUCGCCGGCUUCGUCGUGUGCCGAUUUGGCAACCGGUGACAAGGAGGAUGACUUUCAGGAGAAAGAUCACAGUUUCAGUGAGGAUGUGAAUGCGUGUGGCGCUGAUGCCGCCCUAAAUGACAUGACUCUCGUGCAAAACGAUGACGAGGGAUUCGCACUGGCGCCCAUCGAUGCAACCACUUAUAAGGGUGCCACAAAAGCGAAGCGCAAGCGAAAACUCAUCAUCGAUGAGGUCAAGAAUAUAUCCGGUGAGGAGAUGAAAGCACAACUAGCAGAUACAUCCGAUAUACUCACUACCCUGGAUCUGGCACCACCAACAAAGCGGCUAAUGUACUGGAAGGAGACGGGUGGUGUGGAGAAACUAUUCUCGCUGCCCUCGCGCACUAUUCCCGCACGAGUCCUUUUGAACAAUUACAAUCGCCAGCUGGUUUCACAUUCGACACAAUUGGAGGACUUCUCAAACAUUGCACCCAUGGAUGUGCUCGCACUGGAACUCUAUGCCCAGGAGGGCGAGAGCUCCAUCAUCAUUGUGAACAAAAAGGGACGCAAGCGUAAAAAUGAUUUGACUGCGAAUGCAACUGCAACGGAUCCGGCUGCAGACAAUACGCUCACACAGAGUUUGGCGGCACCCGAAAUGAUACGAGAACAGGAGAAAUCGUUGGGUGCGUCAGCCGUCUCGUUGGAUAUAACGACAAAGGAACAGCAGGAGAGCAUGGGUCCAGCACAGAAUGAUGCCACCAUAUUCGAUAAUAUGCGUAGUCCGGCACUGUUAUCGUUCAAUGACAUGGAUAACUUCUCUAAUCUCAAUGAGUUGCCACUGACGCCACGCGAUGGCCAUCAUCAUGACAUGGGCGAUGAUUUCCAUCAUGGUGAUCUAACGCCCGCUGGCUUGGAGCAUGGACAGAUGACGCCACGACAUGGCGGCGGCAUUGGCGACAUUGAUUGUAUGCCCAAUUUGCCACCCGAUCAGGUCAGCUCGAUACUGAACGAAACGGAAUCGAAUGUGAACAACUUUAACAAGACAUGCGAAAUAUCAACGGAUUGGAAUGAUUACGAUUUCCCACCAUCGGUGGGUGGUCUGCCCAAUGCACCCGCUGACGAGCAAAUGGAAAAUGAGACGGACGAACAGUUUGAGGAGCGUGUGCUGAACAAGCGAGCUGCUCAACUCUUUGUCGAUGUCAGAGUUCAUUUCAAUAACAAUGAUCACUUGACCCUCUCCCAGUUAACCGUGCGCAACUCGAGGAAACAAGCUGCACAGAAAUUCUACUCGCUGCUGGUGUUGAAGAAGUUUAAGGCGCUUCACAUUACACAGUCGGCGCCGUAUGCGGAUAUAACCGUCACUCGUGGUCCCCUCUUCGACAAUGCCAAAUUGUAAUUGGAAGCCGGACAAGGACAGCGAUAAGAAUUCUAAUUUUAUUGCCUAUAAACGUAUACACAUAUUUAUAAUUUUGUAAUAAAACCCUUUUAUGUACACGUAUCAGAUUUGUAAAGAAAAAAACAAAAAAAAAAAAAGAAAGCCAUUACAAUUUUCGGUUCUUUUUAUAAUACAUAUUAUUUAGAAAGUA